AUGACGCGUCUGACCCCAACGGCGCUCCUCCGCCAUGCCCUGCGAUUUCUAAUUCCACUGUCGAUCGCACUGACUGUCUAUCUCUACCUCUAUCCGGUCUUCAGCACCUGCGCGUUCCCGCUGCCGCCGGGCCAGAGCAGUUCUUCCGUUUCAGCAGAUACCGGGCGAGCAGCAUUCGUCGAAACCGCCAAAUUGCACUGGCACUCCGCCACAGGCGCCGCUGAGAACCCGAACUCGACUAUCUUCGUCCCAUCGCGACCACUUGCGCCGUUCCGACUUCUCGCACUCGGUGACCCCCAACUCGAAGGCGACACAUCCAUUCCGACCGAUUACCUGGGCGUCUUCCCCCACGCAAAGAGCUUGUUCCGACAUGUGACAUUCAAGUCGGGCCAUUCGUCGCUGCGACAGCGCAUACGGCAAAGCUUCCACGACAUUGUCGACAUCUUUUUCGAGGAUACCUUCGAUGCGCUCGAGUCGCUACGCAAACGUAUCGACCUAGUCGGCAAUGACUACUACCUCGCGCACAUCUACCGUACUGUACAUUGGUGGUCACGCCCCACCCACGUAACCGUGCUCGGCGAUCUGUUGGGCAGCCAGUGGGUCGACGACAACGAGUUCUACCGUCGCGCCAACCGCUACUGGGGCCGUGUAUUUCGUGGAGCGGAGCGCGUGCCGGAUGAUGUGGCUGCCUAUCCGGCGGAAGAGUACGACUUGGCUGGCAGUCUCGGAGGUGGACCUUUCAACGAAUCGACCGUCUGGACUCGGCGCAUCAUCAACGUUGCUGGAAACCACGAUAUCGGUUAUGCGGGAGACAUCAACGACGAGAGGACUGAGCGGUUUGAGUCUGCGUUUGGCAAGGUCAACUACGAACUCCGCUUCGAGCUGCCCCUGGCAAACACAACCGUCGCCGAGACCACCUUCGAGGCCGGCGCCAGCUCGAACCGUCUGGUACCUGAGCUGCGCAUUGUCGUACUGAACGACAUGAACCUCGACACCCCAGCUAUCUCCACCAAACUGCAGGACGAAACGUACUCAUUCAUCAACAACGUGAUUAAUACCGCCGCUGCCGUUGAAUUCGAAGGCCACUUCACCGUCAUCCUGACUCACAUCCCGCUGUACAAGCCCGAAGGUGUCUGCGUCGACGACCCGUUCUUCGACUUCCACGACCACGACGGCAGUCUCAGGGAGCAGAACCAGCUGAGCGCUGCCGCUAGCAAGGGGUUCCUCGAGGGCAUCCUAGGCAUGUCGGGCAACGCCAAGGCAGCCGGUCGCGGGCGUGGCAGGCCGGGUAUCAUCCUAAACGGGCACGACCACGAGGGUUGCGAUACAUGGCAUUACAUCAACCAGUCCAUCCCAGAGGCGGACCGGCGAGCGUGGGAGGUGAAGCGAUGGCGGCAGGCGAAUGGGGCCGGCAUCGUUGGCCAGGAUCAGCUUCCGGGCGUUCGGGAGGUCACGGUUCGCAGCAUGAUGGGUGGGUUUGGCGGCAAUGCCGGCCUGCUGAGCAUCUGGUUUGACGAGGCUAGCUGGGAGUGGAAGACGGAAUAUGCCACGUGCCCCCUCGGGACCCAGCAUUUGUGGUGGUUUGUGCAUAUCUUGGAUCUAAUCGUCGUCAUCGGCAUCUUCCUCUUUGCUGUUGCGACGGUGCUGUCCGCCCUCGGAUUUAACGUGGACAAGUCUGUGGAGAGGUCGGUAGCGAGGUUGUGUACGCCUCAGAGGAAGCUUGCCGGCCCUGACACUCCCGUGAAGGGAGCCGACGUGGUCAACGGCGCCGGCCCGGGGUAG